AUGGAGGGAAUAAUCAGAGAGAAAGAGAGAAUAGAAAGAGAGAGACAAGAACAACUCGAUGAUUCAGAGAAGAGACUGAAAGAAGAAAGAAAGAUGAGAGAAGAUCAACAGAAGAGUCUCGAAGAGAAACUGAGACUCAGUGAAGAACAGCAUGAAGAAGAACUGAAGAGAAGACGAGUGCAGUGGAGAGAUGAAUAUGAGAAAGAUAGAGUGGAAAAGGUGAAGGAGAACAGCUCUCAAACUGAUCCUUCAAUGCAGGUCUCAGCUAACAGGAAACUGGAGACUGAAUACAGGAAGUGGUCCUGGAGUCUCCGCAGUGCCAUGAUGGAAACUGAGAACAAACUACACAACAGAAUAUUAAAUGAAGCAAUUCGUGAGAUUGAAGAGACUGAUCUUCACAGAGAACUGAAGACGACGAGUGAAAAAGUGGAGAAAUCAAUGUCUGAGUUAUUUGAGAAAGACAGAGAUAAAGAUAUACUGAUUCAGUGGAAAACAUCAUUUGAAAUCAAAAUCAGAGAUCUUCAGGAAAAUAUUGUGAGAGAAACAAAGAGGAAAUUAAAUGAGAUUCUUCAUCAGCGAGACCUGAAGAGAAAGAUUGAAUAUCAGAGAACACAACGUGAAAACACUCUCUGUGAAAAGAGCAAAGAACUCGCCUUAAAACUCAGAGACAGAACAAAUGAUGAAGAAACACUGAAGAAAGAGUUUGAUGUGUUCUGGGAACUAAAUGUGAAUAUGAUUAUCAGAGAUACUCCAACAAUCAGAGACAUUGAUAUAAUGAGAGAUGUUAGAGAGAUACUCAGUGACAGCUAUGAAAGUGUGUCUGUAGAUCACCUUAGGAAGAGCAGGGAUAUUUUCACUGUGACAAGUUAUUCAGAUUAUGUACAGUUAAAGAAAUCCAAUGUAUUUAGAGGAGCUUUGAGAAAAUCUAUCAGAAUAUUUCCAGAGGAUGAAUCUCAGAUCAGAUCAUUAGUCACAGAUGUUGUUCAUCAGACAGACAGAAUGAUUCAAUCAUUUAUCAUCUCAAAGAUGGGCUACAGCAUCAGCUGCAUUCAACAAAUCAUAGAUUACAUCAGAGAAAGAGUAACAAAACAUGAGAAAGAACAAGUGAAUUAUGUGUUCAAGAAUGAAUUCUUCAGGGAUUUGGUUCUGUCCAUCUGUGAGAGAGCAAACAAGAUCACUGACCAACACACACUGUUCAAAGAAGACAAUGAUCCUGUAAUAUAUGUAGAGAAGAAGAGAGAAGAAUACUAUAGUAUUUUCCAGAAAUACUGUCAUGGAGCCGCAUCAGCUGUUAUGUUUGUAGAGAUCAUCUGUCAGAAACUGAAAGAGCCGAUUGAACAGAGCGUCUAUAAGGAGACUGCCAGAGAUCUGACGGAUGAAAUGAGAUCAAACUGUGAAUCACUGAAUGAAGUGAAAUCACAUCUGGACAAACACAUUCUGAAGAGACUGUCAGAAGAGGAGGAUUUCAACAAAUACAUGAACUACAUUCAUCAUCCCAGAGAUCACUUCAAGAGUUUCAUCAGAGAUGAAGUCAGUCGGUACAUCACAGAUCAGUUCAGUGUCAGUGUUUUACCCAGGAUGAAGAACAACAUUAUACUCCUGGAGCAGAAGAUCAUGAGAGCAGCUCAUCAAUCUACUGAAUGUGUUCGAGAGAACAGAGGAGAUGUUGGUUUGUGGUUGAAGAGUUUCACACAGCAGAUCUCAGAUGAUCUGAUCUUCUCUGAGAAACACCUCAGUGGAGUCAAACAUGAUGAUGUUGAUGAUUUCAGCUUCCUAGAAGAUGUGAUAAAGAGAGAACUUCCUGCUAUAAUGUCUGAGAUCAGCAGGAGAUCCAACACAGAGUCAUUUCCAGUGAAACUGGACUAUAAGUUCAGACCAGAUGAUCUUCUGAUUGAUCUCUUCUGUCAGUGCUGUUGGGUUCAGUGUCCGUUCUGUGGAGCUUUCUGUACAAACACCACAGAAAACCAUCCUGGAGAUCACAUUGCUCCUUUCCACAGAGUGACUGGAGUUAAUGGACAUUUCUACAGAGGAACAACAAACUUGUGUAUUAACAUCUGCACAUCAGCAGUAGCAGGUGAUCAAUGUUUUUAUCCCCAUGGAUCAGGGAGGUCGGUCCUCUGGAGACAUUACAGAAGCGCAGGAGGAGUUUAUGAGAAGUGGAGCAUCACACCUGAUCUCUCUGAACAGAUCUACUGGAAGUGGUUUGUGUGCAGAUUCCAGAGAGAUCUGGAGAAAUAUUACAUGAAAACAUUUGAGGGGAGUGGAAAAAUACCAUAUGCAUGGAGAAAAUACUCAAAACAAGAUGCUCUUGAGAGUUUACAUUUUUAG